AUGUAUGCCACUUUUAACAUGUUGGGAUCAGUCUUUUUUACGGCCACCCCCAGUUACCACUGCAAGGUACCGCAAGUCUACGAGAACGUCACACUCGCGCCUUACAACAACCUGUCCUCGCGACUCUUCCCGCCAAACACGUCAUUUCCAACAGACCAAGAUGUCAAUAGAGUGGUACCAGGCAAAUGUAGCAUCGUGAUUCGGAACGUUGGAAAUGAUACAGAAGACUUCAUUUCGGCAUGGACGGGCCAGUCUGAUGGGAAUCGCACAGAGCUGCCUUGCCCUGAAGGGAGGACCUACGCUAAGGACAUCUACACGUCCACGGUCGUAUCUGAGUUUGAUCUAGCGUGCGGCAGCGAGUGGCAAGUUAGUACCAGCAAGUCAGUUUUCUUUAUAGGGAAGCUAAUAGGGGACAUCAUAUCAGGCGUUAUUUCAGACAGGUUUGGUCGUCGCCCCUCGGUGUUGCUGGCUCUGAUGGUUUCCGUGUUGCUGGGGAUAGCGACGGCGCUCAUUCCCAGUAUGGUGGUAUAUGUUGUAUCUCAGGGUAUCCAAGGCGUGCUAAAUGGGUUUUAUUUUAACGUGGCUUACACCAUAGCCGUUGAGUUCGUGGGUCCAAGCAAGCGCAAUUCAGCGGCUAUUUCAAUGACCUACUUCUUCACAUUGGGCUAUUUUGUCCUCGUUCUCUUUGCCUACUUCAUCCGUGACUGGAGACACCUUGCUCUGGCCCUGUACGCACCUUGUAUAUUAUUUGGAUUCUUCUGGCUGACGCUACCAGAAUCGUUUCGCUGGCUAUUGUCUAGAGGUCGGCAUAGUGAGGCUGAGGAACUGCUUCGAAAGGUGGCAAGAUGGAACAAAGUCGACGUGAAAGAGGGGGACAUACAGGGGGUUUUAAAAACCUCUAGAGACGCCAAGGCGCUGGCCGAAACCUUCACUCCGUUAGACUUAGUGAAAACAAGGCGUCGACUGGCGAUCACUGCGAGCAUGUGCUUUAUCUGGAUGGUGAACGGCAUGGUCUACUACGGUGUUUCUCUGGGAACGGAAGAUCUCGGCGGCAACCUCUACGUUAACUUUACCCUGAUGGGCGCCAUUGAGAUUCCGGCGUACGCCUUCGCCAUAUAUGCCGUAAACAAGAUCGGAAGACGCACGACGCUGAUUGGUACCAUGUUACUUGGUGGCAUUGGCUGCUUGGUGUCUGGGUGCCUAACUUCUGACGUCCACUGGUUAAUCGUGACCUUUGCAAUCAUUGGGAAGAUGGGAAUCUCAGCGUCCUUCGUGAUCAUCUGGCUGUUCACGGCCGAGUGCUACCCCACAGUGAUGAGGAUCAUUGCUAUUGGUAUGGGAUCUGCCUUUGCACGAUUCGGCAGUGCUCUUGGUCCACAGAUAAUGAUGCUGAAGGAUUUAGUCUCCUAUCUGCCUAUGGUAAUCUUUGGGCUCAAUGCUAUUGCCGCUGGCUUUCUGGCCAUGCUGCUCCCGGAAACAGUGAACCGCAAACUUCCUCAGAACAUAAGGGAGUUUGACACGUUAUUGAAUUCAGCUGGAUUGUUUGGUCACUGUAAAGCUGCCGCCACUGAUUCCGAUAAUGGCUCCGAAUCAUUUCCUACAGAAGACACUCCGAGCGACCCGGAUGUAGAUGCAAAACUGAUGAAAAAUGGCACUCCUGCUCACUCUGAAGAUUGCACUACAUCUGCUCCCAAUAAUGUCUUAAGACGUGGAUCUAAGUGAUGUUUAUGUUGAGCUAGAAACAACGAAAACUGCAACCGAAAACCAUUAUUGGCAAUUUGUUGGAGACAUCUUUUGGGCCAAUUCUAUGCAAUAUCUCAUCGAGUAUCAUUCUCUAAUUCUCAGGUCCGACUGCCACCUUCAUCGGUGAGCGAAGCUCAACUCCCAUUAGCCUAGUGCCAAAUAGUCCAAUGAAAGAUAUCCUUUCUGGGAUCUUUGCUCCAAAUCGAAUCUUCCUUGAGAAAAAAAGCAAUAUUUUUCUACUCCCGAAUCAUUGUGCCUCGCGUCCGUGAACUUGGAUUCGAUGUAUUAUGUCAUUUCUGAUGAAAUGAUUUAGCUUCAGAUGCCUAGAUAUAUAGACACAGAAGUUACGACUUAAGGGUAUUUUCGUAUACGGAUAGCAUACCUUAAAGAACGAAGUUAAACUAUCAGUUUUAUCGUAUUUGGUUAAACAUAGCCAACUUUGUCUUUUUUUUCUCAUGAAAAGUCUCUUCAUUUGUGUGUAUUUGACAAUUGCAUCUUAUGUUACACCAAGAAGUUACAACUUCUUGGUUACACGUUUUUUUAACGCAUCGAAAUGACAGUUUAUUGUGGCUUUGCUGUGUGUAACCAUGGUCAGGGUAUCAGCAGUAACCAAAGUCCCGUGACAACCACGCAAACCACGAGACGUCAAUCACGAUCUCGCGUGACCACAAUUACUCUGACCUAUCGUAAUGGUGUCAUGUCACUGGUGAUAAACGGUAGUUCCAGGGCAUAACGGAAAAACAAAAAUUCGUUCUUAUUAUGAUUUAUGGUUAUGGCCUUUAAUACACUUACUAGAAAGCUUAUACGCUCACAUUAAUAAUU